AUGGCUGGCGAGGGAAUGGAAAUCGAGGUUGCCGAGAAGCAGCUUAACUAUAACCACCAUGGCAUCCACGAGGAAAUGUUGAAAGAUGAGGUUCGGACAAGGUCAUACAUGAACGCUAUCGUCCAAAACAAGCACAUCUUCAAGGACAAGAUCGUGCUGGAUGUAGGAUGUGGCACCGGCAUUCUCUCCAUGUUCGCCGCUAAGGCCGGCGCGAAGCACGUUAUCGGAGUCGACAUGUCGACCAUCAUCUUCAAGGCGCGCGAGAUCGUCAAGGUCAACGGCUUGUCGGACAAGAUUACACUGAUCCAGGGCAAGAUGGAGGAGAUCGAAAUGCCAUUCCCCAAGGUCGACAUUAUCAUUUCCGAGUGGAUGGGCUACUUCCUCCUGUACGAGAGCAUGCUGGACACAGUGCUGUAUGCUCGUGACACGUACUUGAACAAGGACGGCCUGAUCUUCCCUGACAAGGCUACCAUCUUUGUCGCUGGAAUAGAGGACGGGGAUUACAAGGAGGAGAAGAUCGGAUUCUGGGAUAACGUCUACGGCUUCGACUACAGCCCUCUGAAGGAUACCGCCCUUUCAGAGCCCCUCGUCGACACCGUCGAGAUGAAGGCGGUCGUAACAGACCCGACCCCGGUCCUGACCCUCGACCUUUACAAGGUACAGACGGCCGACUUGGCCUUCAGCUGCCCGUUCGACCUGACGGCGCGGCGCGACGACUUCAUCCACGCGCUAGUAGCGUGGUUCGACAUCGAGUUCACGGCCUGCCACAAGCCGAUCCGCUUCUCAACGGGCCCCCACACUAAGUAUACCCACUGGAAGCAGACCGUCUUCUACCUGCAGGACGUCCUCACCGUCCAGCAAGGCGAGAAGGUCGAGUGCGCCCUGCAUAACCGCCCCAACGAGAAGAACAAGCGUGACCUCGACAUCAAGGUCGAGUACCGCCUCGAGACUUCCGACCCGAACCGCCAGGCCGGCGGGACCUGCCUGUACAAGAUGUGCUAG